AGCGCAGCAGCGCCAAGUCAAAUCGAAGUUUUGUUUUUCCGCGAUCAGAGGAGCGAGUGUCACUGAUCCGGAGCUGCCUCCUCGUGCUGUCCUACAGACAACCACAGCCGAAAACGCUCCAGAAUGGAAAACGUCGCAGUUUCAAGUCGAAAGUGCACAAAUAAAGGAAACAAGGAGAAUGCUCAGCCUGCACAUGGAAGCAAAUCCCUCAUCAAGAGAGAUAAAAAGCCUGUGGCUCCCUUUCAUCUGAAAAUCAACGGAAAAGAGGAGAUCUCAGCAAAUCAUGGUCCUCUUAAACCCAAGGCCAAACCGGCAGACACAAGGUCCACAUGCAGUGAUGCUCUAAAAAAGUCAAAGACUGCGCAGAAAGACGGGAGAGGAGCUGCUGCUUCUGAUGUUGCACGACGACAAACUCUCAGCCGGGCCUUCCUCUCAGAGCAGGCUGUGAAGCAGAAAAAAAUAGCUGCAGAAGCUCCAAAGCGACCAGCUGCAGCGCUGUCCUCCAGAUCGGCUCCUGGCAUGUACAAAGGAAAGAUUGUUGAGUCGAAGAUAGGAUCCAUUUGGAAGUCAACUACUAGUCUGGACAGGGCAGACAUCAAACCAUUGGUGCCAAAAGCUGAGAGACAAAGGGUUGAGAAUGUGAAAAAAAUAAGGUCCAAAUCUGUUUCUGACUUACCUGCACCUGGCACAAAAAAACCCGCACCAACCGUGUCCAAGUCAGCGUUCGAUAGACCUGCCCAGGUGUCCAGGCCUGCUGUCACCAGCCGCCCUCCUGCUGGAUUCUACUCUGCCCGCCCUUCUACCAGAACCGUCCCAGCCACCAGAUCCAGAAACCCCACUGUGACCGCCGCCAAGGGAAGUGGGUCACUGAGCUCCAAGCCAAAGAUUCCAGUGAAAGACAAGGUCAACAAACCUGCAGUCUCAAGCAACCUCAGUCAGUACCGAUUAACCACGGAGACCACUGAGGAAAGAAGAGCAAAACUGGCUGAGUGGCUGGCUUCCAAGGGCAAGACGUUCAAGAGACCGGCCAUGACCACAGCAGCACCUCCUAAAACCAACGCCUCCAAACCCGGAGCGGAUCUCAAAUCCCAGUCUCGUGCUGAACCUCGGCCCGCUGCACAGUGCAAACCUGAAACCCAAGCACCUAAAGCAGACUCCACUGCAGCUGACUGCACAGAUACACAGGAAGCAGCGAUGACAACAUGCAACCAAACUCCCAAGAUCAUCAACGCCACACUGGAGCUGCUGAUGUCAGACGUAGAUCUGCCUGUCGACCCACAGGACAGUGUGGAUGAUAUUGUUGUGAACCUGUGUGAUGCUCUGGAGGCAAUGGCGACUCCCUCCAGAUGCAGUGAAGCCUCACAGGUGACAGAGUGUACUGAUGUAACAGAGGACGGUGAAGUGACAGAUGAAUGUAAAGAAGAGGUGAAGAAUGACGCAGAAGAAAGAGUUCAACACAAAGUGGAGACAGAUGAAGAGGAAUUAGAAAGUGACGACGAUGACGAAACUGAUAAUGAUGACGUGGUGGAGACCACACCACAGAUGCAGGAUGCUUCAGUAGUAAAAUACAGUGUGAAGACAACUCCAUACUUGCAAAGCGUCAAGAGGACAAUCGAAGGUGAGGUCAGUUCAUCCAGGAAUAAGGGCAACAUCAAAGAUCUGAAGUUUCUGACACCGGUUCGUCGAUCCACGCGCAUCCAGCGCAAAUCCUCCCACCUGCCAAUGAUGCUGGUCGACCGUGACCCCUGCGUGUCAUCACUGGCAGAGCUGGUGAAGCUGGACGAUGAUCCCAAUGCCUACAUCUACAGAAAAAACCCUGCUCUUCUAGAAGAUCUGCCAGACCAUCCCAGGCUGUGAGGAGCUCUGUACUUUAACUGUUACUAAAAGAAGAGACGGGGGCUAAUGGACAUUAAAUACUAAUGUUAAGAUUGUGUUACUAAUAUGCAUUUGUUGAAGGAAUUUUAACACUCAUUGAAUUUUAUUAUACUGAGGUGCAAACACACCACUCAUGUCUAAUUAUUCUGUAAAGACUUAAUUCUAAUAUCUUUUACUUUAAUGUAAAGUUGAUAUACAUUUUGCAAAAUGCACUACAAUAAAGUAUUGCCUUAUUAUAAUCA